UUUUCGCAUCCACUAGUGAGUUCCUGUGGGUCCAUAGUUGCAUUAUAUGCGUUGACCAGCAUGUAGCUUUGUUCUUCAUAUCGACUCCGAAGACCGCCCGCCUUGCACUCUGUGCCUUUAUCUAUCUAUACUGUUCCUGUCUUUUUGUAGCUGAUUACUGGCCUCAGGGCGGCACCGUGUAUAUCAUCUCAGUGUAACGGCAAUCGAUGGCUUCCACAGACGACAUUUUCCUCGAGCCAGCAGAGUUAGAGUGCUAUCCUCCAGGGCAAGGUGGCUGCAAUGUUGCUACAUACGACAUGGCGGAGGCUCUCGUCGACAGAUUCCAGAAAGAGCGUGAAAUCGACGACUUGAACGAGGCAAUCACUCUCCACCGAGCUACUUUGGAACUCCAACAAAUUGGGAAUCACAAGCGGUCCUCCACACUCAACGAUCUUGCGGUCUGUCUUUCGAUGAGAUAUGACAAUCAGGGGGUAAUUGCUGACUUGGAAGAAGCCGUGACACUCGGACGUGCAGCACUAGAGCUCCGUCCGCCGGGGCAUCUCGAUCGUGGCGCAUCUCUCUUCAAUCUCGCUGGCAACCUCAGGAAAAGGUUCCAGAAACAAGCCGACCCGCACAGCUUGGACGAAGCAAUCGAGCUGCUCCGUGCGGCUUUGGAACUGCGUCCCCCCGGACAUCCUGAUCGGUCUGAAUCGCUCCACAGCCUUGCUGUCUGUCUUUCGAUGAGAUGUGACAAUCAGGGAGUAAUUGCUGACUUGGAAGAAGCCGUGACACUCGGACGUGCAGCACUAGUGCUCCGUCCGCCGGGGCAUCUCGAUCGUGGCGCAUCUCUUUCCAAUCUCGCCGGCGACCUCAGGAAAAGGUUCCAGAAACAAGCUAAGCUGUACUGCUUGGACGAAGCAAUCGAGCUGCUCCAUGGGGCUUUGGAACUGCGUCCUCCCGGACAUCCUGAUCGGUCUGAAUCGCUCCACAGCCUUGCUGUCUGUCUGUCGGAUAGAUAUGACAAUCAGGAGGUAGUUGCUGAUUUGGAAGAAGCCGUGGCGCUCGGACGUGCGGCACUAGAGCUCCGUCCACCAACGCACCCCGAUUGUGGCGUAUCUCUCUACAAUCUCGCUUACAACCUUAGGAAGAGGUUUCAGAAACAAGCUGACCUGGAUGAUUUGGAUGAAGCGGUUGCGUUGCUCCGUGCGGCUUUGGAACUUCGUUCUUUUGGACAUCCUGAUCGGUCUGAAUUGCUUCACACCCUCGCUGUCUGUCUUUCGGAUAGAUAUGAUAAUCAGGGGGUAGUCGCCGAUUUGGAAGAAACCGUGACUCUUGGACGUGCAGCACUGGAGCUCCGUCCACCAGGGCACCCUGAACGUGAUGUAUCUCUCUACACCCUCGCUCGUGGCCUCUGGGCGAAGUUUCAGAAGCAACCUGACAUGACUGGGUUGCCCAGCACGAAUUCUCAUCAUCAAACUGUGUUGGUGGACCGUCCAACAAGCAAGGCUGAUCUCGCCUCCUUGCUUUUUGAGCUCUCGCUACACCUCUGGGACAGGUUUCAGCGGCAGGCCACCACGAUCGACUUAGACGAGAUCAUUUCUCUCGUUUUAUAUGCUUUGGAGCUUCGAUUACCGCGAAACUCUCAGCACGACGGAGCAUGGGUUCAGAGGCUGGCCCAGAAGGCAGACUCAGAUGAACUUGUCAUGCUUGGUCGAGCGGUAGACAAUCUAGGUGCCCUCGCCAAUUAUUUUAUCAGCGAACGCGAGCACGCAACUGUGGAUUUGAAGGAGGCCAUCACACUGUGCCGAAUUGUACUGCAAUUCCGCCCAACUGGGCACCCCAGUCGCGCUUCGUCUCUCCACAUUCUUGCACAGUGUCUUGCAGACCGGUUUCGUCAACAACUUGCAGCAGCAGGACUGGAUGAGGCCAUUGCGCUUGAACAAGAAGCCCUGCAACUAUUCACACCCGAGGAUCCAGGUUACAACAUAUCUCGGCGCUGCCUUACAACCUACCUCCAAAUGAAGAUCAGGUCAGGAGUUGCCGUGGCGUCGCCCAAUGCCUCACUUGUUACCCAAUUUGGCGUCCAGCAAGUCAUCCGUGAUGUUGCAUUUGAAACCCUCAAAACCAUGCCGACGAGGCUGCUGCACACGCACACUGGCGCUCUGUGCGACCAGGAGACACAGAUAUCCCAUUUUAUGCGUAGUCAACAGUACAAGCAGCUGCUGUCCUUAUGCACAACGUGCAACCCAGCUCAGCGAAUGGAACUCAUCCAUACUGUCCUCUCAAGAUACUUUCAGUUUGUGAUGCUUUCUCACCGCUGGGGUGAAGCCGAACCAUCAUUUCGCGACAUCGAGGGCCGCCCGAUUUAUGAUUUGCCUGCAAAGGGAGGCUUUAGGAAGCUCCAAGCCUUCAGUGCUGUUGCUUGCGAGCGGGACUACUUGUGGGCAUGGAGCGAUACGUGCUGCAUCGACAGGGGUAACAGUGCAGAGUUGGAAGAUGCGAUAGGAUCAAUGUUCGCGUGGUAUCGACGGUCCGCCCUGACCAUCGUGUACCUUUCCGACGUUCCCGAUACCGGUUCGUUCGAGAGCAGCGAAUGGUUCACACGCGGCUGGACCCUCCUAGAACUGCUGGCCCCAAAACACAUACAAUUCUACACCCAAACCUGGUCACCCUACAAGAACCUCACAUCUUCGAACCAUAAGACUGAUGACAGUGUUCUGCAGGAGCUAGAGAGGGCAACUGGGAUCGAAUCCGAAUUCCUCACUAACUUUUCACCAGGUAUGGAUGAUGCACGUUGGAAGCUCCAAUGGGCGUCACAGCGCCGUACUACUCGGCCUGAGGAUAUCGCCUACUCACUUUUCGGGAUCUUUGAUCUCCAUCUACCCGUUCUGUAUGGCGAACCAGCUGAGAACGCGCUUGGCCGUCUUCUGGCCGAAAUCAUAUCGCGGUCUGGGGACAUCUCAGUUCUGGAUUGGGUUGGAGAGUCAUCACCCUAUCAUAGCUGUUUCCCUGUUGACAUCACCUCGUAUCGUAUGCUACCAUUGCCUCCACCCCAAACUAAUGUCGAAGGAGAGUCGGCGAUGAACCAACAGCCUACAUCGUUCGAAGUGUUGCGAAAGUUGCGCGGCUCGCUUACUACUUCGGCCCUCCCCCAAUUUGUUAGUCGCUCCCUGACAUCGUCAAAUAUCGGCCAUCGCGUUUCGGCGGCUCGGCUGCGAACCCCAGGUUUAUACGCACCAAAUGAAGCAUACGAUUUCCACUCACUCACUAGAGUACCUCCCCCGCGAUUCCUCAAUGGUCGCCUUAUACUGCCAUGUAUCGCCCAUCGUGUAACAGUGGUUCAGCUGAAAAGGGCAGAUCCAUCUGCACCGAGGUACACGUACAAGAUCCAUGCGUCCGGUCUGAGGCCACUGGAGAUCGCACUGCCAGACAAGCUAGAAAAUCAGGUUAGGUUGCAGGGCGCUCCGCAGCUUGUACGCCCUUGGCACUCGAAGUUGCUUGGUCCGUCUGCCAAUUUAGAUACCGUGACUGAAGAGCAGCUGGUUUCUAUACUUGAGAGGCCAUUUAAUGCGCUCCUAUUGAUCCCAUUGCCUCACAACGAGUAUAAACGGAUCGCGUCUUCUAUUCUCUUUACUGCUCAACCCACCAACAGGGCUAGCAUUCUGAAAAGCAAAGUUAGGAUAUUCAAUAUCGUGUAGAUAGUCAUCUCGUUAUGAUAUAGAAACUGUUCUGGCGAAUUCAUCUGCAG